CAAAAGUGAUAAUUGGGUUUGACUAAGUAUAGAUCAAUAUGAUUUGAAAUGAGAUCAAAGUAUGACUGUAUAUGCAUCUUCAAACUGACCCAAAAUAUUAAAAUGAGAGGGAACAAUAUCUUUUUGGCCUAUUCAACUUCUCUGUCAGUUGACCCAUUUUUGCUCUUCUGCCAUUUCCCUUUGUAGAUUCAACAAAUAUCUCAAUUUUUAGUAAAUUGUGAGAUCCAAUGGGUACUCAAACAGAUGAAAUAUCUCUUCUACGAGAUGGUGGUAUUCAUCAGAAUGAGGAUAGUGGAAUGUACACUAGAGAUGGUUCUGUUGAUAUCAAUGGUAAUCCUGUUUUAAAAAGUGAGACGGGGAACUGGAGAGCUUGCCCUUUUAUUCUUGGUAAUGAAUGUUGUGAACGUUUGGCGUUUUAUGGUAUUUCUGUUAAUCUUGUUACCUAUCUUACCAAGAAGUUACAUGAGGGAAAUGUCUCAGCUGCUAGAAAUGUCACAACUUGGCAAGGCACGUGUUACCUAAUGCCCCUUAUUGGGGCAGUACUGGCAGAUGCAUACUGGGGAAGAUAUCGGACAAUUGCUACCUUCUCUAUUAUCUACUUCGUGGGAAUGUGCACAUUGACACUAUCAGCUUCAAUUCUAGCUUUUAAGCCCCCUGAAUGUGUGGGUUCUGUGUGCCCUUCAGCAACUCCUGCCCAAUAUGCCAUAUUCUUUUCUGGCCUCUAUCUGAUUGCUGUUGGAACUGGUGGGAUUAAGCCAUGUGUUUCGGCAUUUGGUGCUGAUCAAUUUGAUGACACAGAUCCAAAAGAGAGGGUUAAAAAGGGAUCCUUCUUCAAUUGGUUCUAUUUCUCCAUCAACAUUGGAGCUUUGAUAUCAAGCACUUUGAUUGUGUGGAUUCAAGAAAAUGAUGGAUGGGGCCUUGGGUUUGGCAUCCCUGCACUUUUCAUGAGCAUUGCCAUUGCAAGUUUCUUUUUGGGUACGCCGCUCUACAGAUUUCAAAAACCUGGGGGAAGUCCUCUCACAAGAAUGUACCAGGUUCUGGUUGCAGCAUUCCACAAACGGAACUUGUCUGUCCCCGAUGAUAGUACACUACUUUAUGAAACCCCAGACAAAAGCUCUGCAAUUGAAGGAAGCCGAAAGCUACUGCACACUGAUGAACUGAGGUGCCUUGACAAAGCUGCUGUAGUUUCAGACACCGAAUGCAUAGCUGGAGACUAUUCCAAUGCUUGGAGGCUCUGUACUGUUACUCAAGUUGAGGAACUGAAAAUUUUGAUCCGCAUGUUCCCGAUAUGGGCAACUGGAAUUGUCUUUUCUUCUGUUUAUGCACAAAUGGCUACAUUAUUUGUGGAGCAAGGGACGGUGAUGGACACUGCCAUUGGUUCCUUCAGAAUUCCUCCUGCAUCUCUUUCACUUUUCGAUGCUGUAAGUGUAAUUAUAUGGGUCCCAGUCUAUGAUAGAAUCCUUGUUCCAAUUGCAAGGAGUUUUACCGGAAAUGAAAGGGGAUUUUCCAAGUUACAGCGAAUAGGAAUUGGACUUUUUCUUUCUGUGUUGUGCAUGUCAGCUGCUGCUAUCGUUGAGUUCAAGCGUCUACAACUCGCAAGAGACCUUCAUUUGGUGGAUGAAGCAGUUGCAGUACCUCUGAGUAUCUUUUGGCAGAUCCCGCAGUAUUUUAUACUGGGAGCAGCUGAGAUAUUUACUUUCAUUGGGCAACUUGAGUUCUUUUAUGAUCAAUCACCCGAUGCAAUGCGUAGCUUGUGCAGUGCAUUGUCACUGUUGACCACUGCUAUGGGUAACUACUUGAGCUCUUUCAUACUGACAGUAGUAACAUCCAUUACAACUCAAGGUGGAAAACCUGGAUGGAUUCCAAAUAACUUGAACAGUGGUCAUCUUGAUUAUUUCUUCUGGCUCUUGGCUGCACUUAGCUUCUGCAACUUUUUAGUCUAUUUUUUCUGUGCCAAAAUGUAUAAAUCCGAGAAGUCAUCCUAAGUUCAAGUUUGUUUUACAUGCCAAAUGGGCAUUUGACCGUCGUGAAAAUUAAAUAUUAAUCACUUUAUUUGAAAUUUUUAAAGAUGGAAUUGUGUUU